AUAGAACUCAAGAUGGUCUCCCAAGUGAGUCAGAAUUACCACAAGGACUGUGAGGCUGCUGUCAACAAGCAGAUCAACUUGGAGCUCUAUUCCUCCUAUGUUUAUCUUUCCAUGGCCUAUUACUUUGACCGGGAUGAUGUUGCCCUGUCCCACUUUGUCGAGUUCUUCAAGAAGCAGUCGCAUGAGGAAUGUGACCAUGCCGAGAAGCUGAUGAAAUUCCAGAACCGACGUGGAGGACGGAUCCUCCUGAAAGACAUCCAGAAACCUGAGCAGGACGAGUGGAGCAAUGGUUUAACUGCAAUACAAAAAGCUUUGCAGUUGGAGAAGAAUGUAAACCAGAGUCUUUUGGAUCUACAUAAACUGGCUACAGAGAGGGCUGAUCCUCAUUUAUGUGACUUUCUGGAGACCCAUUAUUUGGAUGAUGCAGUGAAGUCCAUCAAGAAACUUGGAGAUUACAUCACUAGCCUGAAACAUCUGGGAGCCCCUGGGAAUGGCAUGGCUGAAUAUCUGUUUGACAAGCACACCUUGGGAGAGAUUUAA